UUACUUUCCCCACUCCAUUCAUUACGCUAAAAGUUAAAAACCGGUAAAUUUGGUGUGACUUAAGAAAAAAGGGAGUGCACAUAACACUUAACUUCUUGCCCAUUUCAAAUUCAGUCAUCAACAGCCGUCCAUACCCAACCAACCAACGGCGCAGAUCUUUUCAAAAGAAUUCUCUCUCCAAAAAUGACAUAAUCUUGAGUAUGCUCCCCCUCUUUCUAAUUCAGUAUUUCCAUCUCUUUCAAUUUUGUUAAAUUUUCUCUGUUUUUCUCCUUGUUCUUCCUCUUAUAUACCGAAAACCCCGAAAAGAUUCGAGCUUUUGUCGAUUGUUCCAUCUGGGUAAGCAAGAAAAUCACAAAGGUAUGUUUGGAUUGUGACAGGAAAAAAGUUAUUACAACAGGAGAAAUGCCGGUUUCAACAAGGUCUCGUAUCUUUAAUAGAGAAGAAGAAAAUGGAGGAUCAACAACAACAAUAAUAACAGAGCAAACAGAGAAUAGCAAAAUGGCGCACACAUUGAGAAACCCUCACCAUGGUUUGAAAGAGAAGUUGAAGUCUUUAACACUUUUAUAUGAGCAGCAAAAAUCAGCUUCAAUUGGUACAAAAAAUAUCAAUUUCAAACCCCAAGAUCAGAAAUUACCCCCAGUUCCAGCUCUAGAUCGAAAUGGGUCUAUGAAAAUCGAGGAUAUUGAUUCAAGAAAGCAUAAAUUCCUUCCAAUCCCACCUCAAAAUCGACCCGAUUCAGCGAAAAAAGAGGAGACAGAGACAAUCACAGCACAAAUACCACCAGUAACAACUGAAAGAAGUCCAGUGAUGAAAGAAAAUUCAAUUCCCAAUGCAACAGUGACAAAAACCUAUGUUUUACCCCAACCCCUAAAUCCAACCUCAGAUGAUGCAAAGGAGAAUAAAGUGGCGGCGAAUGGGGAUCGGAUCGUCGGGUUUACUUGCCCCAGAAAGGCGCCAGUUUCGAGCACGGUGGCGAGGAAAUUGUCAUUGGGAUCACAAAUGGAGACAAGAAGGGAUAGGAAAUUGUCAUUAGGUCAAGAAAUGGAUCCCCUGUUUCAGAAACAGAGUAGUAGUAGUAGUAGAAACAGCAGGAUUCUGGUGUUUGUUAGGCUUAGGCCUAUGAUGAAGAAAGAGAGAGAAGCCGGGUGUCGGAGCUGCAUUCGGGUUGUUAAUCGGAGUGAUGUUUACUUGACCGAAUUCGCUUCGGAUAGUAAUGAUUAUCUAAGGUUGAAUAGGUUGAGGGGAAGACAUUUCAGUUUUGAUGCUGCAUUUCAUGAGACUGCUUCUCAGCUGGAUGUUUAUUCUACUACUACAGCAGAUCUCGUGGAAGCAGUACUACAAGGGAGAAAUGGAUCGGUAUUUUGUUAUGGUGCUACCGGAGCCGGAAAAACAUACACCAUGCUUGGAACAGUUGAAAGUCCAGGGGUGAUGGUGUUGGCAAUCAAAGAUCUAUUUUCUAAGAUUAGGCAGAGAAGUUAUGAUGGUAAUCAUGUUGUCCAACUGUCUUACUUGGAGGUUUAUAAUGAGACUGUCAGAGAUUUGCUCUCCCCUGGAAGACCCUUGGUUCUUAGAGAAGAUAAACAGGGAAUUGUGGCUGCUGGUUUAUCACAGUAUAAGGCUUAUUCUACAGAUGAGGUGAUGGCAUUGCUUCUUCAAGGUAACAAGAAUAGGACUACUGAACCAACUCGAGCAAACGAGACAUCUUCCAGAUCCCAUGCUAUAUUACAGGUUACAAUUGAGUAUCGAACAAGAGAUGCUGCAAUGAAUAUAAUCAAUCGUGUAGGGAAGCUUUCAUUAAUCGAUUUGGCAGGAUCAGAGAGAGCCCUAGCUACAGAUCAGAGAACCUUGAGAUCAGUAGAAGGUGCCAACAUAAACCGCUCACUUCUUGCACUUAGCAGCUGCAUCAAUGCUCUUGUUGAAGGAAAGAAGCACAUACCUUACAGAAAUUCAAAGCUCACACAACUUCUUAAGGACUCUCUAGGUGGAGCUUGUAACACGGUUAUGAUUGCUAAUAUCAGCCCUAACAACCAUACAUUUGGCGAAACACAAAACACCCUUCAUUGGGCUGACCGAGCCAAAGAAAUUCGGAACAAGGCUUAUGAAACAAAUGAAGAACUAGUGCAAGUUUCAGAAUCUGAUGCUGAUCAGGCUAAACUGCUGCUCGAAGUACAGAAGCAAAACCGGGAUCUUAGAGUACAACUGGCAAGGCAACAGCAGAAGCUAUUAAGUCUUCAAGCUCAGUCAUUGGCCGCAAAUGCAAAUGCAUCUCCAACUCCUCCUUUUGUUAGAUCUAUUCUUACUCCUCCAUCAACCAACAAGCAAAGGCCAAGGACCCCAUUGCGAACAACACCAGAACCAGCCAAAAAGAAGGGAUCUGAAGAAACUAUAAGAGAACUACAACUGGUGGUGAGAACAUUAGAGGGAGAAAUGGAAAGAGUGAAGAAGGAUCAUGCAUUGCAACUAAAGAAAAAGGAUGACAAAAUUAGGGAAUUAACCGCGAAACUAUCCAAAGGGGUGAGACCAAGGGAUGAAGGGUUGAAAAACAUAGUCACUAGAUCAAGCUUAAGGUCAAAGGAACCAAACACAGGAGAGGUAAAAACUUCUAGUCACAGGUUCCUGUCUCCUGCACCAGCCGCGAAGAAAAGGAGUUUUUGGGAUAUAACAACUGCUAAUAGUCCUUCACUCACUACCGUGAAUGGCAGAAAAACAAGAAGCCAUGUUAAUGCUGAGCCUACUACAGGUCUGCCUUCCAUGCUCCUUCAGCCAGGUUUUGCUAGGCAAAGGCUUAGUCCUUACAGGCAGUGAUGGAGAACAAAAAAGAGAACAUGAAGUACAGAAAAAAUGCACCCUACUGAUCUCAAGGUCAGAUCAGCUGUACAUUCAGCUAGCAACCUGUUAGUUGGUGGUUCGAGCCAGAAGUAACAGAAUUCCUUUGCUGCUUCUGCUUUACUUUAUCCACCCUUCUCGAAGGAAGAAAAGAGGCGAACAAGCACACAAACAGGUCAGGCUGAAGAAGGCGCUAUUUCAGGUUAUGAGUGUGGUUCAGCAAUACAUCUUAUUUGAACCAUCUCAAGUUAGGAAGCCAUUGCUUUAGGAAAGAACACAACCAUUUUUUCAUUCUUUUUGUUAUGAAAAUUUGUUAAUGUCAAUGGCUUCUUUAUAAAAUGUCCUAGACUUAUGGUUGAACUCUCUUGUUCCAUACCCAUUCACAGUAGGACAAAAACUUUGAAAAGACACUAGCUAGGAUAGAAAUAAAAAAAAAACAGCUAAUAAAGGUUUUCUUUUUUAUAUAUUUACAAAACUUGUGUAAUUUAUUUAUUUUAUUAUGAGACCACGUUGAAACAAAA